AGUCCGGGACGCGUGGGUACGGGGCGGCGCAGCGCUUACGUGAGCGGCCUUUGGCUCGGCAGGGACCGGUCAGCGUUGCGACCAGCUGGGAGAGGAGCCGGGUGCGGGCCGAUGCAGUCGGGCAGCUGACGGCACCGCGCGCGCACCGGCUGCUCUGGCACUGUGGCUGGCUGUCAGGGCGCCGUCAGUCCGUCAGGUCGUCCGUCCGUCCUCUGUCCCAGUGGCUGGCCGUCUGUCAUUCUGCGAGUCCGUCAGAUUGUCCGACCGUCAGCCAGCCAGCUCGUUUGCCCUUCUAUCGUUCUGUCAAAGCGGUUACAGGCGCUCGUCUGUUCGUCUGCGAAUCCGUCUCCCCGGCGACGAGUUAUUCCUUUUGCGUCCGCCGGUCAAGUCCAUCAUCUCAUUCUCAGUGUUGUGGUCAGCGUCUUUUUCGCGUGAACAACUGUGACUGUGCAUCAAUUUGUGAGCUGCCACGUAGUGGAUCUUUCUUCAGACUGCCAAAGAAGAUCUGAAGCGACUCUGAACUGAGUGAUCAGAGCUGCGAGGCACAGGAGAUAGCUGGCAUAGCUCUGUGGUGAGAAAUACUCCCACGGAGAGUUUGCCGUCUUAUCUUCAGAAAGUGAAACUCGGAUCAAUUUUCAACGUCGAUUGUUACGACAUAUCUAGUCGCCCAAGCAAGAGACUUCAAAGAUCGCCGGAGACCAUGGCGACCUUGUGAGUCUGAAGAAACGUAAUCCUUAAUUUUUUGAAGGAUCAAUUUGAAGGAUCUGAGUUUGCCCUGGGCCUAAGCGUGUUCUCUGGUGCAACUGUGUGACUGUCGCGACUGUGUGUGAAGAACAAGUGACGAUUUUUCGUCACCACGGCUAUUCGGAGUUCGUGUGAGAGCGUACAGACGUCGGAGCGGCACGGGAUCUCUCCAGACACGCGAUGAAGAUUACCAUGAGGACGACGGUGGUGUUCAGUCUGCUGCUGAUGAUGGCUACAUCCGGUGUCUCCACAAGUCCGGGAGCAUUGGCGGACCGAGUCAAAUGCGGCACCUGCAAGGCACUGGGAGCCGUGGUGAAGGGAGUGGUCAAACUCACGGGCUCUAGCAUGCUGAUGAGAAGCAAGGCUUACCGUCUCUGCAGUGUGGUGCCCGUGGCGCGCUCCGUCUGCGAGGGCUACAUCGACAGCUGGGCGGAGCCGCUAACCUACAUCGUUCAGAACAGUAAACUGAGCAGUGCAGAGGUUUGCGCUAUCUACAUUGACGCCUGUCCACGGCCCAGCCUGGAUAUCGACGCCACCCUCUACCUGAGGAAAGACCCGACGCCGGCCGAAAUCAAAAUCAGGGACUACCUCUACCCGAGCCCUGCAACUCCCGGCCUGACGGUGCUCCACAUUGCUGACCUGCACCUGGACAGUCUGUACCGAGAGGGGGCCGACAACAGCUGCUCUGAGGUACUCUGCUGCCGGGCCGACAACGGUUUUCCGACGAACGCGUCCCGUCGCGCCGGUCGAUGGGGCGACUACACGAGAUGCGACUCCCCCUACAAACUGGUCGAGUCAAUGGUCCAACACACGGCCAAACAGCAUCCGGAUGUGGCCUACAUUAUGUGGACGGGUGACAACGCGCCCCACGACGACUGGCGCAGCUCCCGAGAGGAGGUGCUCUCGUCGACCAGCAGCAUCACGGCGCUGCUGCAGCGCUACUUCCCCGGCAUCCCCGUGCUGCCCGUGAUUGGGAACCAUGACUCGGCGCCCAUCAACAGUUUUCCGCCGAAGGAGGUGUGGAACGCCGGUUUCAGCGGCGCGUGGCUCUACAGCAUGUUGGCGAACAUAUGGAAGCCCUGGCUGCCGCCCAACGCCGCGGCCACUCUGGAAAACUACGGCUACUACUCCCUGUUGGUUCGCCCUGGUUUUCGCGUCAUCGUCAUCAACACCAACGUGGCCUACAAACUCAACUUCUGGGUGCUGAUGACGGCCCGCGGAGACCCUUCUCACCAACUGCGCUGGCUCACCGAGGAGCUGAGAGCCGCCUAUCUCACGGGUGAGAAGUGCCACAUCGUGGGCCACAUCUCACCGGCCGACCGAGACAUCCUGCCCGCCUGGAGCCACAUGUACUACAAGAUCAUCAAAAACUACCGGACCACGGUGCGUGGAGAGUUUUUCUCCCACACGCACGUUGACGAGAUCCACCUCUCGAAGGACGACAACGACGAGGCGUUCGCCGUGACAUAUGUAGCGCCAUCUCUGUCGCCCUGGAAGAACGUGAAUCCCGGCUACAAGGUCUACACGGUAGAUGGCAGCAGGGGAGCGCAGUCCACUUGGGAGGUGACCGAGGUCGCCCGGUGGACAGUGAACCUCCAGGAGGCCAACAAGCUCGCUGGAAACAGUCCCCGCUGGUACCAGCAGUUCAAAGCGUCGGAGGAGUACGGCUUAGCGUCACUUUCGCCGCAGAACUGGAGCAGUGCCGUCCAGUCCAUGCUGCUCAAGGAUCACCUCUUCACUAAAUAUUACAGGAACCUGAGCGGUCGAGCGCUGGUGCAGGCUAGCUGCGACGCCGAAUGUCGGCAGGAGAUCAUCUGCAACGUCCUCACCUCCGACCAAUCGAGCCCGAGGCAGUGUCAACGGGCGAGGGCCACCUACCAGCAGGCAGUGCGCGAGGGCAGGGCCAACCCGAGGGCGGUGGUCUCCGCCUCGCAGCCGACGCCCUGGUUCUGAGAGACAGAGGGGAGCGAGUGAUAGAGAGGGAGAGAGAGAGGGGGAACGGAUCGUUAUCCUGAAGUCCUGCUGUAGUGUUUUGUAGGACGUGGCUGAGAAGAUGCAUUAGGAAGUUUAAUUUUAUUGCACUGCGAGAAUAGUUAUAGUUCUGUUGAUGGUGAAAAGUGGAGUAAAAUACCAAGGUCAUGUGGAAUUGACCGGGUACUGACUCCAUCUGGCUAUCACAAAUAUUGUUGUGCAGUGGACAGUGGUGAAGCAUAGCUUGACCGUGUAGCACUUACGGCUAUUAUGCACUUGUAGGUAUACAAUUUAAGACCUUCAUCGUCUCUUUCUUUAAAAUUUACGUUAAGUUUAUUCACUUUUCGGGACGCUAUGAUAGUUCGCGAAACAGCGUACGAAUUGUUAUUUUGGUAUACGUUGGGGUAUUUUCCUUGCCUGGGUGUUAUGGGGAUCAAGGCAAGAAUUUGUGUCCCGUAGUGAUGAAUCAUUAGUCGAUGUUUUCAUCGAAUGAAAGGUGAAUGUUGACAUGAGUCAAUUGUAUAUCAUGCAUAUCGUUGUUAUGCGUCAAGUUUUUUUCGUCAGUGACGAUAUAAUGCACCAAAUAUAUGACAACGCACUAUGUAAAUGUAAUGUGUGAUGGUUUUUAUUAAAUACACGCAUUCAACGUUC